GGGUUAUCUCAACGCAGAUAUAAUAUUAAAAGCUAAAUAAAUUGACGUCUCCUUCGCAGGCAAUGUCAGUGUGUUCAGAAAAAUACAUCGGUGUGUUGGUCUCUAGUCGUUUCUAGUAGUUAUUGUGUUGUAUGGUGUAUUGAUUUCAAAUACCCUGAUAUAUUGGUCCACAAUGUGGCGCCUAUUAAUAAUCACAUCUGUUGCGGUGGUAGCUUUUGCUAGACCAGAGCUAUAUAAAGAGACUGAAGACUUCCAAUAUUCAAGAAGUUCAUCUGAUGAUGGCGAUAAAUCCGGGUUUUAUGGGGCCCGCCGUGGUAACAUGGGAGGCAAUUACGAGAGGGCACAUAAUAUGGAUGGCUUAGCGCAACAUCAAAUGAGUACGGCUGUACGUCAAGUUGAAGGUGAAUUGGGCGAAGGCGCUAAAACAAGGACUGGCAGCGUGUACACUGCAGCGAAUUCCAGAGGCAUAUUUGGAUCUGGACACUACGAUUUGAGCAAUCUUAAGGGAAGAAAUUUUGAGGAAAGCGAGUCAUUAGCAGCUUCUCAUUCUUCUUUAACCUCUCAAAACACCGGAUACAGAGGAAACACAUAUUCAGCAGCACAAAAUGCUGGAUACAACAGUGGUUUUACUAAAAGCUCUAGAAUGCAUUCAGGUUAUCAAGCUGCCGAUUAUUCAGAUGAAUUUGCACAAAAAGAAAAUGCUCAUGCACAAGAUUAUCAAGCAAACCGACAAUAUAGUUACGGAAACCAAGAGGCUUCUGGAAGUGACUUAAAAUAUUAUUCUCAAGUUAGAAAUCAGGCUCAAAACCAAUACGAACACAGGCAAUCAAAUUUGCACAAUACGUAUGAUGCUAAUUUAUAUAGCAGACAACCAACUGAGUUGCCCAUAGUGGAUUUGCAGCCACGUCGUAUUUAUGUUGUUCCGAUCAAAUCCCAAGACGUUGUAGCAUAUAGCGGUAAAUCCUAUAAUAAAAAUAGUAUUAAUAGUGAAGCUGAGGUAUUAGAUGGUUCUAGUGGGCGUAUUUACGUACAGCCUGUAAGCGCACCGAAACAUUAUGAAUCAUCAUACAGUUACCGCAAAGAAUGGGAAAAACACAAUUCGCAGCCUGUAACAAUUAUACCAACGGACAAUCCAUUCCCGAAAAACAGUGAAUUAUAUGAUGACGCACAUUUGUUACAAAAUGCUAAGAGCCAGUUCAGUACAUCAGACAUAAGCAAUGCACACUCUAGCAGUGCUAAUCUCGCUCAAGCAAAUAGUUACAUUGCCAACACAAAAUCAUCAUCACUGAGCAAAUCAAGAUAUUCUGAAUCCCAAGCUCAAGGUUCAUCCGCAGCAGCUCUUUCAAAUGCUUACACACUUGGUGCACACAGAGCCCAACAGGAAAACGCAGUUGAUGCUAGUAAAAUUGUUGAAGAUUUAAGCACUAAGCCGAAAAGUUAUCAUUCUUCAUACUCUUAUCACAAAUCGUGGGAAAGACGAGGAGAUCCUUAUGUAAUUAAGCCAGUAGGUGGUGACGUUGCCUCUCAAAGGCUUGUAUCUGCCUCUAACAACCAAGAUGCUUUUUCAUCUCGUCAAUAUGGCGCUCAAUAUAAACAGGCUCACCAAAGGUUCACUCAAGACGGUAUUGAUUGUGAUUGUGACGAAAAUGGCCACAUUCGCGUAGCUCGUUCACCCGAUCCUAAAGCAUAUUACAACGAUCAAGAGCAAGAGCAACAAUUAGAAGCUUUUCAAGAUAUGAGCAUUGGCCAACAGGUACAGAACAAAUGGGAAAAUUUAGAAGAUUUGGGUCAACAAACCCAACAAUUCGGACAAUUUGCUCAAAAUAAAUGGGACAAUUUGGAAGACUUGGGUCAAAAAACACAAAACCAAUGGGAUAAGACCGAAGAUUUUGGCCAGGCUAGUCACAAUCAAUGGCCAAAUCAAGAAGGUGUGGGUCAACAAAUUCAAAAUCAAUGGAGCGAUUUACAAGAACCAGGACAACAAACACAGAACAAAUGGGACAAUCUUCAAUUCUCAGGCCAACAGAUACAAGAUCAAUCGGAAAUACAUCAAAAUAUGGGACAGAGAGUCCAGAAUGAAUGGAAUACAUUACAAAGCUUUGAUCAGCAAGCACCAAGUGAUAUAACACAACAAACGCAAGAUGACAAAUUUGAACAACACUUUCAUGAACAAUCAGCAAACGAAGAUGAUCUCACGUCUAUACCAACAACAAAUCAAAAUAAAAGUGAUAAUAAACAUAAUUCAGAAACUCAGAACUGGAAUGUUAUAAAUAAUUUCAAUACAGCACAGUUGACACAUUCUUUUGAUCAAAAGGAAACAAUGACAGAGCAAAAAGAUGAAAAAAUUGAACAACAAAAUCAAUUUUGGAACAUAUUCCAGGAAAAUUACCCUGAUCAAAAACUCACUGAUCACACCUUGGUGCAUGAACAAGCACAACUUUAUAACAACAAAGAAGUUACCAAUAAUAAUUACAAUACAGGUUACAUACAAACAGACGAUAAACAUGAUUCUUUUCAACAAAAUCAUAACCAAAAUACUCUUACAAGUAGUUUAAAUGACGAAGAUUAUGAUGCUUCAUCCCUUUUAAGUUUAUGGAACAAAUUAGAUAGAAUAGAAAGUUCCCUUAAAAAUGAUAGUUCCGAACAACAACAAUCAUCUCUAUCUACACAAUCAUCAUAUCACAGCUGGGAUAAAUUUGAUGGGCAGCAUACACAAAGUGCUCACGGUGACAGUGUUUUUAAUUUACCUGCUUCUAAUGAUAUACAAAAAACCUCAACAACAGAACAUCCCCACCAUGAGAAAGAAACAACUACAUACAAAAUUUAUACACGAAAACCUACUCAAAAUACAUAUACUACACAAACAAACAUACCAAAAUAUGUUCCUCAACAUAGUUCUAUACCUCAAGGUCCCGUUGAUAUUGGACGUGGGGAUAUUGGAGCAGAAGAAACAAUAGUAGAUGAUACAGAUAAUACAGCUAUACUUAUUCCUAAAUUCCCUACAAACCUAUAUAAAACACCAGAAGAAAUAGAAUCAUUAAGUCUGACAAAUGAACACCAAGAAAAUAACGAUUAUCAUAGCUCUCACAAAGAAAAUACUGAAACUCAAAAAAUCGAAGAAGGAAGAGCAAUACAAAAAAAUUAUCAAGAUAGUAAUUAUGUAAAUAACCUACAAGCAGAAACUUCACCUACAACAGUUAAGUAUAAUAAAUUAAUUGGUAGUAGUAGUAGCACUCAGAAGAACUUUGAUGAACUGCAAAAUAUGCAUACUAAUAUUAACAAAGAGAUCUUAAGCCAGAAUCAAGAAGUUACCAAUAAACGUAAUGAAGAAAUUUCACAGUUUGAUGAAAAUCAAAAGUUUCUCGGUAACAACUUCGAGAAAGCCCCCCCAGAUUUUGAGCAGCCAAAUAUGAAUCAACAAUUCGAAGACUUUAGUCAACAUUUACAGGGAUCAUUGGACUUAGGGCAGCAACAACAAAGUUCUUGGCAGCCCUCUGAUAGUUUUGACCAAAGCUAUGUGCAACAACUUGAAAACUUUGGAACAUUCAGCAAUGAUGAUACCCAACAUAAUCAAGACCAAACAGUGAGUCAAAAUUUACAGGGAUCUUUAGACUUAGAACAGCAACAACAAAGUUCUUGGCAACCCUCUGAUAGUUUUGGCCAUAGUUAUGUGCAACAACUUGAAAACUUUGGAACAUUCAGCAAUGAUGAUAACCAACAUAAUCAAGAUCAAAUGGUUGACACUUUUGUAGUUAACAAUCAGUAUAAAGGCGAACAUAAUGAAGACCCAGAUUAUUUUAAGCCAGCAACUGAAGUUCCCAAAGAAGGCAGGAAUCAAUACAUUAAGCCAAAUAGAGAGCCUGAAGAAGAACCUGCUCCAGUAUUUGAGGAGGCACAAAUAAGUAAAAAAGUUGCACCUCAAGUAGCUGUUCCAGAGAAAGAUGCAAAUGGUACUCCAGUUGAGGUUCCAGAAGAAAAGUCAGGGUUUUGGAAAUCUAUAGGUAGCAAAUUUACUAAUGCCAAAGAAAGUGUAGUAUCUUGGUUUAAAGGGUAAUUAAUAUUAGGUAUUAUUUUUUACAUAUAGAAUAAUUUUAUAAAUAUAAAGUAAUUAUGUAACAUGUAAGUUAAAUCUUUACUUACCUCUGAUAAUGAUGUGAAGUAUUUUAUGAAUGCUUGUUGUUUGACUGAAUCUGAAAGAACAAAGUUUUAUAUGCUUUAUUUAUACUUACUAGCUUAAGUAAUUUUAUGUACAGUGGUUAUAAAAAUUAAAGAUAUUUUAAUAUUUUUUAA